AAACGGAAUAUCAGCAAGAUUAGUGAGCUAGCAAAGUUCUUGAAGAACUGAAAACUACUAGGUUAUUUUAACAAAUCUACAACAACAUCUACCUCAGAAAACAAACAACAUGCGUGGUUUAUCGCUCUUGCACUUGGCCUUGGGUAUUUUAUUCUGUCUGCUUGCUGCAGAUAAAUUCGCUCUUGCAUUACGCAUCAACGUCCGUACUACUACACCGGCAACAACAACAGCUAAUACUGAGGCAACUAGCACACCAUCUUAUCGACCCAUCAUUAUCAACAACAACAUACCAAACAUCGAUGCCAGCUGCAUGGUGCGCUAUAAGUGUACCGCGAAAUUGAAGGGCGUAACAGUGGCGCCCAGACCUUGUACUAAAUACUGUGUGAAAUUCAUUGAAUGUCCGAAUGCAGCGAAGGUUGCCGGUUCGGCUGGUCAGUGCUUCGAGCUGGAUGAGGCCGCACUUCGCCAAAAAUAUGAGGGCGCAACGAAGCAGGGCAGUACAGUGCCGCUAAUGGAGGUGGCUAUGAUAGAUUUUCCUUGCCGUCCUGGUUUUUUGCCAGAUGACUUGGGCCGCUGCCGUGAAGUAUGGUGAAACGUUUUAACCAGUGUUUGUUUGAAUUUUUUUAAUGUCCCCAAAAUAAAGCCUUGAUAUGUUUUUGUGGUGAAAAAAAUA